CGUUUCCUGCAGUGGACUUCUGCGAACAUGUAUCGACACGAUAACAGGGCUAUGAUUCGCUGUAUAUAUAGCCCUGGAAGCGAGUCUCAGUUAGACAAACGCUACACUUCGAACAGGGAACUAGCUAGCCAAAGCAAACUCAGCAACCACAAAAUCCCGCAUUAUGCCUCCUUCAAAACAGAAGUGCAAGUAUUGGGAAAAAUGUUUCCGCAACUCCGAGAUGCACCGAAAACAGUUCUUGCAUCCGUCGGAUGAUGAAGAGGCGAAAGAGGAGAAGGGGGAGAAGGAAGACACUGGAAAAAAAGAGGAUGUCACAAAGAAAGCAGGAGCACCAAAGGAAAAGAUUGGCGGUGCCUCUGCAGAACCAAAAACCCCGAAGAAGUUGGUAAAGAUGGGCGGUGCCCCCAAAGCAGAGGAGGACGAUAUGGACACGACGCCAGCGAAAGAAGUGAAAACAUUGAAGAAGAAAACACAUGCCAUGAGUCAGAGUGAUGGAGAAGAUGAGGAGCAGGAUGAGCCAGUUGCUGCAUCUCCAUCCAAGAAAACCAAGACAGAGUCGGAGGACAAGGAGGAUGAGGGGGCGGGGCCGAGUGUGGUGAGGAAGGUCCGACUGAGAUGCAAGUACUGGGACGAGUGUUACCAGACAGGCAAUGCUCAUAUCAAGCAGUACAUACACCCUGGAGACUACGACGCUCCUGAUGAUGAAGAGCUCGAAAAGAGGCAGACAAGAACAAAGAUGAAGGCCCCGAUCAAUGAGAUGAAGGAUGGAGAGACUAUUGAUGUUGAUACAUUCAGGAUCAAUAGGACAGGCGACACCUAUACCUGCACUUGUCCCAUGUGGAAGAAGCAGAAGGAUACCCCGGAUGCCAGGACGUGUAAGCAUCUCAUGGAGUACCUCGGAGAAGAAUUCGAGAACAAAAGGACUGACAAACCAGCCAAAAAGAAGAAGGCUCACAUCCCUGGUCACAUCAGUGUCAGCGUCCUCCUGGCCCAGAAGUAUGACCCAGAGGCAGUGAACCCAGUUGGAUGGUGGAUCAGUGAAAAGCUGGAUGGAGUUCGAGCAUUUUGGAAUGGAAGAUGUUUCUACUCCAGACUGGGCAAUGCUUUCAUUGCACCGGAGUGGUUCACAAAGGAUCUGCCGACAGACAUGCACUUGGAUGGUGAACUGUUUGGUGGGCGUGGCAAGUUUCAGUCGACUGUCAGCAUCGUUAAGACACCUGAGGACGAAAGGUGGAAGAAGAUCUCAUAUCAUGUAUUUGAUGUUCCAAACCUAGAAAAACAACCCUUUGAGAAACGCUAUGAAGAACUCCAGGGGUACUUCGACAAAGCCAAACCGAAAUAUGCAAUACUGUGUGAGCAGACCAAGUGUACGAGCAAGGAACAUGUUGAGGAAGAGCUUGAGAAGGCCCUUGGCCUUGGCGGAGAGGGUGUGAUGUUGCGAGAACCCAAGUCGAAGUACGAGAGACGGCGGUCACCGACACUGUUGAAGAUGAAGAAGUUCCAUGAUGCAGAGGCUGUAGUCAUAGGCCACGAGAAGGGAAAAGGGAGGAAUCAGUUUGUGUGUGGGGCACUUCGCUGUCGCAUGGAGUGUGGAAAGGAAUUCUCUGUAGGCUCUGGCCUGAGUGAUGCACAGCGGCGGAAACCCCCAAAGAUUGGCGCCAUCAUCACCUACCGAUUCCAGGAAUAUACGAACAGCGGCUCACCUCGGUUCCCCACAUUUGUUGGAAUCAGAAUUGAUGCAGAUGGACCUAAAGAUGUAAUACUUCCCGACAAACCCGAGUGAUGACAGACUUGUUAAGGGGAAUGUGAAACACUGCCAAACACAAAGACAAGCCUUGACAAGAGUUCAUGCAUUCAUUGAUCAGAGAUCUUCAUACAACAUCAAGGCACUGUUACAUCAAGUUGCUUCUUUUGAGAAGUGUUGUCAGCACCAAGUGGACCAAGUGGAUCAUGAAUGAAUCUUGUUUUAUGCUGCAAUAUUCAAAUUUUACACUACCUACAUGUCAGGACCAGGAAAACAGUCUCUGCAUGAGCAACGGCCAGGCACCAUGACACAGAAUCAUUCAGAUCAUUCAUUGUAACCAUAUCCUCAUUAAUCAACCCUUAUGACAAGAAAAGUGUUCUGUGAAACCCGAAAUCUCCACUUGAAAAAUUAUUACCUUUUUAACUAUGUCUGUUCGUCAUAAUGUUUAGUUUAUUGAAUUAUAUCAUAAUAAAAUGGCUGAUCUGGUCUACGAGAUAUUGAUGCAGACACUCUGGUGACUCAAUGAGAUGAAAACAUAGGGAGUAACAAUUUUGCUCAAGUGCCAGGGUAUCAUGGGAAAAAAACUCAUAAAAAACAUUUUAUGUGUGCUUCAGACAAUAUUCAUCCAUAAACAAGGCAUCAUAUAUAUAUUUGUCUGGUAAAAAUAACAGGCAGACAGUUUUGGGGAUUGAGUUUGGGGUGGAUGGAUAUUUUGUUUUAAUCUGUCCCAGAAAAUACUGAAAUAUAAAUUUGUCCCAAGUUUUUAAAAAUGCACUUGUUUAGUGGACAUUCUAAAAUAAUUGGUCCUGCUUCAAAUAAAUUAACCUCUCCCCCGAAAUUCCAAGUCCCUCUCAGAAAACUAAGUGGUCGGUUCCUUUGUUUCUGGGUGGGUGUUCAGUUUGUCUUAUCCAUUCAUGUACUUAGCAAUAGUGUUGAGUGACAGGUGUCACAGUCCACAUGAUGUAUAUUACAGUGUAUGUGUGUGUGUGUUUUUUAGAAGAGAGAUAUCAUUAGCAUUGUUAUUGUCUUUUCACUUACACCGUUUGCCUUUCAUUCAUGAAUAUCAUUUUACGAUAUAUUUAUCGUUAUUGAGUAUCUAUUUAAAUGAAUUUUAAUAUUUAUUCAGUACUUUUGAUGUGCAUAUUUUUAUCAUGUCAUCCUGUUAAUGUAAUGUGUCAUAUACAAAAUUGUUUGUUUAAAUUAUUUUCUAGAUUUAUAAAAUUUCUAUGCAAUUUUUGCAUAAAUUUUGUGAUAAUUGCAAUCUCGUUAAAAUCAGAUCUAAGUUCUCGCUGAACUAAACAAAGCUAAGAUCUGAUUUUAAUGACAUUGGAGAUAAUUGUAUAAUACUGUAACAAAUAAUCCAUCCAAUGCUGUUGAAAAGUGCCAUAAGUACCUAUAUAUUUAGUGUAUCAGUACUUGAGAUGUCUGGGUCUGGUUUUCACCGUCCAACAGAAUGAUGUUUGUACCUCCUACACUUCAGCAAACCGUUAAGAAAGUCAGUGUUUGUUUUGUUUUCUUGGUAUUGUUAGCAUAAUAAAAUUACAAAUGUGAUAUUGUAUUAAGUCUGUUUUUAGGGGUAAAUAUGUUUGUGAUAUUGUUAGAGAUGCUACUUUGAUCGUUAUUACCCAUUACCAUGUUGAACAUUUACCACCAUAUUCCAUUGCUAUGAAAGAGUGUACAGUGGAGAGCCAUCAACUCAUUUGCUCCGAAUAAUUUUUAUUUUCAUGUUGUUUUUACUUGUAUUAUUUACAAAUAAACAAAUUGAUCAGG